UCUGCUUCUUGACAAACAGAACUACCAACCUUAUUGUAGGCUAAUAUUACGUGGCUGACAUAACGCGUUAGUAUUUUAAUACAACAGCAAGCUUUAACGUUAGAGAUACAGUGCGCUGGAGUAUAACUAUAGAGUUUGUUGUAAAGUUUCAUUCAGUGAAAAUGUCACAUUGGAUUUACGAUUAUCAAAAAAGAAAGUUGCUAUAGGAAUAUUACAGUAUUUGAAUGUAACAAGGAUACAUACAAACAAUAUAGGAGUAAUAACUAUUGGAUAAUAGAGUGGCUUUCAUAUAGAGCUGUGUGGUCUUACAGUAAUCUUGACAUAAUUAGCAACACUGUUAUAUCUGUCUUUGUGUGUGACUCUACAUAUGUGAAACAGAGGAAAUGUGCAGAGACAGUGUGAAAUGAGAAUGAAAUGAAGGAUGAAUAAGCCCACUGUGAACAGUGUAAUGUUUUGAAAGCCCCCCCUCCUAGUGACCCCCUGCAUUCCUCUGCUUUAACCCUCCUCUCCUCUUAUUACCUCCGCUCUCCCUUUUGUUUCCUGGGCUGAGCCGUUCUAGACAUUGAAGGCAGGUUGGUCCAAAGGGGACUACAGACUCCCAGGGAGAGGAGUCAGGGAGAAAGAAAGAACAUGGUGUGAAGCCUGACAGCAGACCAGGGAAAAGCAGGAGAAGUCCACUGCAGACCCUCUACAAUGGAGACCAGAUGCAGUCUGAACAGCAGCUGGAGCUGUUGCCAGCUCAGAGGUCCCUCCACGGUCGCAGGGAGCUGUUGGAGCAGGCGUGUCUGAGCCACACGAGGAAGCGCCAAGUGCUUUCACCGGAGGAUCUCAAACACCUCAUUGUGGACGAUAAACACAGCCUUAUUUACUGCUACGUACCCAAGGUAGCCUGCACCAAUUGGAAGCGUGUCCUUAUGGUCCUCACCAGCGACGGCCGCUACACCGACCCCCUUGCCAUCCCUGCCAAUGAGGCCCAUGUGGCAGGCAACCUCCGCACACUCUCCGAGUUCUCAGUCCCUGAGAUCAACCAACGCCUUCGCAGCUACCUCAAGUUCAUCUUCGUGCGGGAGCCCUUCGAGCGCCUGGUGUCCGCCUAUCGUAACAAGUUCACCCGUAGCUACAACACCGCUUUCCACAAGCGCUACGGAACCAAGAUCAUUCGCCGGCACCGUCCCGACCCGGAGCCCGAAGCGCUGGAGAAAGGGAAUGACGUGUCUUUCCACGAGUUUGUCCAGUACCUCGUGGACCCUCGGACCCAACGGGAGGAACCUUUUAACGAGCACUGGGAGCGGGUGCACUCCCUCUGCCACCCCUGCCUGAUCCACUACGAUGUAGUGGGGAAGUACGAGACUCUGGAGCCAGAUGCUCAGGCUGUGCUCAGGUUGGCUGGAGUGGAGGGGACACUUCAAUUUCCAACGUCUGGUAAAAGCACCAGGACUGAUGGCAACAUGGCAGCGCGCUUCUUUAAGCAUAUCAGUCCUUUCUAUCAGAAGAAACUGUUCAACCUGUAUCGAAUGGACUUCCUGCUCUUUAACUACUCCACACCAGAGUACCUCAGGACUCGAUGAGGGGCAGAGACAAGAGGAUUGACAUCAGUGCCAUGGAUGUGUGAUAGUUGUGAUGGUUUUCCUUUCACAUCCCAUUUAGACUUUUUUUUUUUUUAUAAGUGAUGAUCUUUUUGCACUUUUUGGUCGCCAUGGACAGUUGUCGUCGCUGCCUGGAGUGGUCCAUCACAAGCACCGACUUGUCACUGUGACACUCCGACAA